AUAAUAAUGAUAGCGAUGGGAGGGAGGCAGGCGGCCAUUUGGCUGAGGAGGCGAACCGUGUCGCUGGGGCCGGCCCUUUCCCUCUCCCUCUCCCCGAGGGCGGUUGAAGGAAGGCGGGAGGAGGCGGCGGGAAAAGGAAGCCCUGGGCGGCAGCAGCAGCAGCAGGGCCAGGAGCAGGAGAGGGGAAGGAAAAGGAUGGCCGACAGCGAUCCUCAGACUGGCAGAGCCCUCUCUCAGUUCGCAGAAAACCUACUGCAGCAGUUGCAGGAAAAUUUUCAAGCAAUGACUGACAAGCUAAAGUUAAGAAUGGAUGAAAUGGGCGAACGCAUAGAUGAUUUAGAGAAGCACGUUACUGGACUAAUGGCCCAAGCAGGGAUAGAAAAUGCCAGUGAAGAAAUAACGCACUAAAGAUGCCAUCAAGCUGACAAAAGUACUCAAAAAUAUACAGAUUUUAAGUAGGAUCUACAAUUCUACAAAACUUUACAUACUUCUCUAUGAUUGAUGAAUGAACAAACUGUACCUAUUAGGACAUCAGUGGCUACAGCAAUAUGAAACAUAAAAUCUCUAGAGCUUUUAUUACUGCUAUAUUAAAAUUUUUAAAUAUAUUUUUGUAGGAUUAAGACAAAUUUAACUUUGAAACCCUAUUCCCUAUAGUACUGGAUCUCACAAUGAUUUGUAUAUUUAUAAUAAUAAAAAUACCAAAGAACCACAGGAGGAUUUUGAAAACUAUGCCUAACAUACUCUUUAUAUGUUCUUUAAUUACUUUUUUGUAUUUGGUACCAAAAAGGAUUCCUCUGAGUUUGUUAGGCAUAAUAAUAAAAACAAACAUAUAUGCUUUGUUGAUAAAUUGAUUAAUCGAGAUUCCCCCCACACCUGAUAACAUAAUGCAUGAAAAAGUUUAAGAGCAUCAAAUUGGAAAAGAGCAUUCUAAAAUUAUCUUUACCAGAAAAGAUUUUCACACUGGCUGACCAAUUUUCCUACUUUGUGUGUUCAGAACUCUAACCACUGUGUGAUGUCCUGCCAGGACAAUUUGAAUCUCCCCCUGCAUUUUCUUUUGUGUUGGUUCAGGCCAUAGAAUAUUUUAGUGUAGGAAAAUUCAUUGUAUUAGUUGUGGGAGGAGCUUUA